AUGCCGUCCACCCAGGAGAGCCAGACCUUUGGACCCUGGGAAACGGCGAGACGCGAUGGAGCGCAUGGGAACAGAGCCAGCGAGAAAGACGGAGGAAAACCAAUUCAUAUCAACCGCCAGCACUGGGGAACAGGGGUAGUCGCUGCGGCUCUGGCAGAGUGGCACUCGAUGGCAUUCAUCCCAUCUGAGAGUGGCGUGAAGGCACAUGUCAAAGCGACAGGAGCCUCGAGCGCUGCCAGGAUAUGUCACAUGCACUGCCGUCUCAGCAUUCGAGUCGGUGGUUUCGGUCUAGGUAGCCCGAGUCGUGCACUCGUGACUUUCCACUUCCGAACGUUCCAGCAGGGCUCCGAACAUCGCAACCGCGCAGAGAUGCCAAGUGUGUCCAGCGUUGGACACUUUCCUUCGACAGCCGGUAGGUACCGGGCCGGUGGUCGGGGUGCCAAGAAGGAAGAAGAGGUGCCCGCCGGAGGGGCUAGGGCUCCUCCCUCUGUGGACUCUUGA